AUGGAGGUGAUUUUGGAGCAAAUUUUUGGAGAAACGUCACUGGAAAACGCAGAGAGCCCUUCUAUGCAAGAUGAUGAAAACAUCAACGGUGACGCGCAUGUAGGUGAACAGUCCGACAAUGAAGAAAAUGGGGCAUACGAAUGUAUACCUGAUUGUGAUGAAAGUAUUAAACCCUUACUUGGGCAACGGUUUUCGACGUUAGACGAAGGUGUUGGGUACUACAAAGAAUAUGCCGCAUUUGUAGGUUUCGAUGUCCGGAGUAGCACAGUUAAGAAGAACCGACAUGGAGAUGUAGAACUGAAGUAUUUGCUCUGUUCAAGAGAGGGGUACACAGUGACAAAGGAACAAAGGUCAACAACCACAGGGGAGGCCAACGGAGCAAAUAUAAACACACGCCGACGUGUGUCAAACAGGGUUGGGUGUAUGGCUCGGUGUGCCCUGAAACGUCUAAAAGACGGGCAUUACGCAAUUAAUGUGUUGAUUGAAACUCAUAAACAUCGUUUAUGUGACAAAGAGGCAAAAAAGUUCCUCAAGAUAAACCGCAACUUGGGAAUCGGGCAUCAAGCAUUCAUAGCAGCAUGUGAAAAGGCUAACAUAGGGACUUCAAAAGCGUUUGAGCUAUACAGCGUACUUGGCGGUGGUGUAGAUAGCGUUGGUGCUACAUGUAUUGACUUCAGGAAUUGCAGAAGGGAUGUUCAGGCGCAGGUACACGAUGCCGAUGCACAAUCAAUUAUAGAGAAGUACACGAAGAAAAAAACGUUGUUUGCUACAUACACGUUUGAUUACGACGUUGAUGCCGAGCAAAAACUGUGUAGAGUGUUUUGGUGUGACCCAAUAGCAAAGCAGAAUUACCUUCAGUUUGGGGAAAUGGUUUCAUUUGAUGCAACCUACCGCACAAACAGGUACAAGAUGGUGUUUGUACCUUUUACAGGGAUUGACAACCAUAAAAAGUGUGUGACAUUUGGAGCUGGCCUCAUCUCUAGAGAAGACAAGACAUCGUAUGCCUGGUUACUAAAUGCAUUUAAGCGCUGUAUGGGGCAACCACCAACAUGUAUAAUAACAGAUCAAGACCCUGCUUUGAAAGAGGUAGUACCCGAGGUGUUUCCCGAGAGUAGACAUCGUUUCUGCAUGUGGCACAUCAUGACAAAAUUGGUAGAAAAGAUGGGGGUGACCUUAGCAAAAGAUGAAACGUUUCGAACCAAAUUAAAUGGUGUUGUGUGGAACGAAACGUUGGGUCGAGAGGAUUUUGAGAGGAGUUGGCACGCAAUAAUGGGAGAGUACGGAUUAGAAGAUAAUAGGUGA